AUGAUGCCUUCUUUCCAACCAAACCCUAACUCAAACACUUACCCAAUCCAUUACUCAAGCGCUGACCCAGGUGCUGACCCAUGCACUUACCUGGGCACUUACCUGGGCAAUUACCCAGGCAUUUACUCAAGCGCUGACCCAAGCGCUUACCCAGACAUCGACAAUGGCCUGAGCCUGAACCACCCCCCUGACCCGAGUCUGAACCAACCUGGCCUGGACGUCAACCCUGCCCUGAACCCUGGACCUGGUUCCAGCACUGGCGCUAAUCCUGGCACUCCUAACACCAGGGCUAACACUGGCCCUACUAGCACUCCCACACCCACACCCAACGGCAGCUACUGGAGAGUACGCGACUCCCAGCCCCAAGGGUUCGCACAGCCCAACAAACUCUUGUGCAACUGCCCAGACCACCGCGAGAGGUGGUGGCCCGUCGACCAUGCCGAGCUGGUAAUCUCCCCCUGUGCCCUCAGAUGCCCCUACUGUGACAAGUUCAACAGGGCCGAAAAGAGGGUGAUGGCCUCGAACCUGAGGCGUCACAUCGCCAUGACGCACAUCAAGAGGCACCCUGCCACAUACGGCACUCUGCACGUGGCCCCUGGAAUGAUUCCAAAGAGUCAGUAG